GGAGGCAAUCAAUGCAGUCAUGUUUGGAUUGACUGUUGGAGUAAUGAGGCUCUGAUGGGGUUAGAGAGUUAGAGGCUCUCUGCUUUUAAUUGCCUUUGCAGAGACAGAGAGAGGGAGAGGUUGGGUUGGUGAAGAGAGAAAAGGGGGUGGUUGGGACUUCUUUUCUUUUGUUCUUGUUGUUUUCAAUCAGGGUUUUUUAUGGGGUUUUGGCUGUGAUUAGAGCUUUCUUUCUUUCUUCUCUCUGCAAGAGAAUAAGAAAAUUUAAGUUUUUUAUUUAAAAAAAAUUUUAAAAAAAAUUUGGGGUGUUGGGGUAGAAGGUUUUUGGGCUCUUCUUUUUUUUUUUUUCAUUUUGAGAAGUUGGGUUCUGGGUGUUGGAUUGAAAUGGAUUUGAGCUUUGUUUGAAUUUAUUUGGGGGUUUUGGGAUGUGGGUUUUGAUGGGUUUUUAAUUGGGUUUUGCAUUUGUAUGGAAUUACUGGUUUUUUGAGGUGGGUUUUUUGCUAUUGGUGAUGAAUAUCUGAAAAUUUUGAGUGUCGUUGGGGAUUUGGGGUUAUUAGACUUGGGUUAUGUUUGAUUUUGGGGUGUUUUGGGAUGUGGGUGGGUUUUUUAAUGGGGUGUUGGAUUUCUAUGUAAUUUGGGUUUAUGUGAUGGACAUCUGAAAAUUUUAGUUUAAUGGGGGAUAUUUAUGGUGUUUGAUUUGGAGUUUUGUUAUUUUCUUUGUUUUUGAUGAUUUGUUAGGAUUUGAAUUGGAUCUGUGGUUUUUAGCUCUUGAGGUGAGGCUAAAAGUUGGGAUUUUUUUUUUUGAAUAUGGUAAAAGGUUGGACUGGAAUCAGACCUCUGUUUUUUCUCCUUUUCCUUUUUCUCUCUUUUGGAUGUGUUGUUUUCACCUCCUGCAGUUUGGGUUUUGAUUUUUGAAAAUCAGUGUCUUGAUUUUGGGAAAGUUCAGAUUCUUCUGCUUUCUGCGGGAGUUUGGAUUUUGAACUGUUUGUGGUGGUGUUUGGCUCUUACAUGGGCUAAAACCAGAGCUUUUGGUUGUUUUUCUUGUCUGGGUUUUUUGGGUCAGAUUGAAGGGCAUUCAUGCAUCUUUCUCUAUGGAAGCCUAUAUCUCAUUGUGCUGCUCUAAUCUUAGAGAAAAAGAGCAGAAGAAGAGAUGGGUCUGGUUUGAAAGAGGAAGGCAAGAGGAAGUCUUCGAUCCUCCGGCAAUUGCAAGAAAGCAAGCUGCGCGAGGCCCUCGAAGAGGCAUCGGAAGAUGGGUCCCUUGUGAAAUCUCAAGACAUGGACUCUGACUCGUUCGCCAAUCUGGAUGGGAGCUUUGGGCGGUCGAGAUCUCUUGCCCGGCUCCAUGCCCAGCGGGAAUUCCUCCGGGCUACAGCACUCGCUGCGGACCGCACAUUCGAAGCUGAGGAUGCCAUCCCCAGUCUCCUGGAAUCAUUCGCCAAGUUCAUCACAAUGUACCCAAAGUUCCAAUCUUCGGAGGAGAUUGAUCAGUUACGCGACCGCGAGUACAGCCACCUCUCUGAUAUGGCCGCCAAGGUAUGUCUCGACUACUGCGGUUUCGGGCUUUUCUCUUACCUUCAGAACAUUCAAAGCUGGGAGUCAUCAGCUUUCAGCUUAUCUGAAAUAACUGCGAAUUUGAGCAACCAUGCUCUCUAUGGCGGGGCUGAGAAAGGCACCGCCGAACAUGACAUAAAAGCCAGGAUAAUGGAUUAUCUGAACAUUCCAGAGAGCGAAUAUGGCCUUGUUUUUACCGUCAGUAGAGGGUCCGCUUUCAGAUUACUCGCAGAAUCCUACCCAUUCCAAACGAACAAGAAACUGCUAACGAUGUUCGAUUAUGAGAGCCAAUCUGUGAAUUGGAUGGCCCAGAGUGCAAAAGAGAAAGGGGCGAAGAUUAACAGUGCGUGGUUCAAAUGGCCCACUCUGAGACUCUGUUCGACAGAGCUGAGGAAGCAGAUCUCGAAUAAGAAGCGGAGGAAGAAGGAUUCAGCUGUCGGACUUUUCGUCUUCCCCGUGCAGUCAAGAGUUACAGGGGCGAAAUAUUCGUAUCAGUGGAUGGCAUUGGCGCAACAGAACCAUUGGCAUGUGUUGCUCGAUGCGGGAUCUUUGGGUCCAAAGGACAUGGAUUCACUUGGGCUGUCGCUUUUUAGGCCGGAUUUCAUCAUCACGUCAUUCUACAGAGUUUUUGGGUCGGACCCAACUGGUUUUGGAUGCCUCCUUAUAAAAAAGUCUGUGAUGGGAAGCUUGCAUAAUCAGAGUGGUUGUGCAGGGUCCGGAAUGGUGAGGAUUGUUCCAGUUUUCCCUCAGUAUCUGAGUGACUCUGUGGAUGAUCUGGAUGGAUUUGCUGGGAUUGAAGACGAGGGUGUCAAUGGGAAUGAAGAAUUCAUGCCCGAAGCUCGCCGUGGAUCUCAGCUGCCAGCUUUCUCGGGUGCGUUCACGUCAGCUCAGGUGAGGGAUGUAUUCGAGAGUGAGAUGGAUCAAGAUAACAGCUCGGAUCGAGAUGGGGCGAGCACCAUCUUUGAAGAAGGGGAGAGCAUUUCACUUGGGGAGGUCAUGAAGAGCCCAGUUUUCAGUGAAGAUGAAUCAUCGGACAACUCAUUCUGGAUCGAUUUAGGUCAAAGCCCAUUUGGAUCCGACAAUUCUGGCCAGUUGACCAGACCAAAGUUGGGAUCACCAUUGCCACCGUCGUGGUUUAUGGGCCGGAAAAACCACAAACUGCUCUCUCCAAAAUCAAUGUCAAAGAUACCUAAGAGCCCAAUUUACGACGACAGGCAAGUAAACCUAAGGUCAGGUGAAGACCAUGUUCUGUCAUUUGAUGCAGCUGUCAUGUCAGUCUCACAGGAACUGGACCGUGUUAAGGAAGUCCCUGAAGAAGAACUCGCAGAUGUGGACCCUGCUCCUGCAAACUCCAGGAAGGAUCAGGAUUUCCAGUAUGUUCGGGAGAUUGAGGAAGAACCCGAAAUCAGAGAGGAAGCAAAUUCGAAUGGGGCGAAAUUGGAUUCUUCUGUAAAUAGAUCAGGAGCCACAAACCUGAUUGGGCAUGGUGGCCUUGAGAACGGCUCAACGUCUGAGAUAUGCCCGGAGGGUGUUGUGGAGACAAAGGAAAGUGCUAUUAGGAGGGAGACAGAAGGCGAGUUUAGACUGUUGGGAAGGAGAGAAGGGAAUCGAUUCGGUGGGGGUAGAUUCUUUGGUGUGGAAGAGAACGAGCGGGUCAUGAGCAUGGGCCGGCGGGUUUCCUUUAGCAUGGAGGACAACCGCAGAGAACGGAAUUCAGAAGCCGGGGAAGUGUCAGGGACUACUUUAGAAGACGAUGACAUUAUUAGCGACGGAGAAGACGGGGAUGCAGAUGAGUGGAACCGAAGAGAGCCUGAGAUAAUCUGCAGGCAUCUGGAUCAUGCGAACAUGAUGGGCCUCAACAAAACAGCUAUCCGGUUGCGGUAUCUAAUCAAUUGGCUAGUGACCUCAUUAUUGCAAUUGCGGCUGCCCAGUUCGGAUGAGGGAACGGGAACGCCUCUGGUUCACAUCUACGGUCCGAAGAUCAAAUUCGAAAGGGGUGCAGCUGUGGCUUUCAAUGUAAAGAGCAGUAGUGAGUCCGUAAUCAAUCCGGAAAUCGUUCAGAAGCUGGCUGAGAAAAAUGGUAUAUCUCUUGGUAUUGGUUUUCUUAGCCACAUCCGGAUCAUGGAUGAGCAGAAGCAGCUUCAUGGAGCAUUAGAUGCAGAUGGCACAUUGUUAUGCAGACCAAUAUCGAACGGUCGGCACAACAGUAAAAACACAGUGGUCCGAGUUGAGGUCGUUACUGCCUCUCUUGGGUUCCUUACAAACUUUGAAGAUGUUUAUAGGAUGUGGGCAUUCGUGGCAAAGUUUCUUAAUCCGUCCUUUGUCGAAGAUGACAGAUUAUCCACCGUCCCAGAGACUUCAGAAACGUGAGAGGGGAGCCGGCUACACACGUCUUGUAUCAAAGUUUCAACAGAAGCCCCUUUGCCUUUUGCACUCGCAGACAUGGAAGAACCUUUGGGGUGUAUUUUCAGGAGUGUGAUGGUUGGGAGAUGCAGAGGCAACAGAAAACACGCAAGGUUGCAUUGCUUUACAUGUAUAGCGUAGGUGCGGUGAAUGGGACAGAUGACAAUGGUCUGAAACAUAACUACUGCUAUUGUGGAAUGAAGGAUAUUUCUCUGAUACAGCUAGAAUGCCACUAGGAUAUAUAGUUCUGUUGUUAGGAUCUGGGCCGCUCAUUAGGUGGACUGCACUGUGUACUCUGGUUCAAAAAUCAAGUUGGUCGACUCAUCGGGUAGGGAACAUGUAUGCAAUAAAACUGAAGGGUUAGAUAAGUUGACCAACGUCCAUGUUGGGUAUACAUGUGCGGCCCAUCUGAUAAAGGGACCAGCCUGACUUUUGGGUGAGGGCAGGUUUGUGCUGGGGCGAGCCUGAUGGAUGGCCCAUGCACGCCACAAUGAGGAGUCUUGAAACUCUUGCAGAAAUCCUUGAGAACUCAUUGGCUCAUGCAGCUCUGCAUUUCCUGCCAUCAUGUCACUCGUGUAAGACAUCUGAACCGUGCAAAUGGAGGGCCCCACUGUACAUUGAAUGGUAAGUCUGUCAGCUGUCCAUUGAUUUCAGUGGCUCAGCCCUGCCCGAUGCGUGGACCCAGAUGAUUUUUUUUCUCCAGUUGAUCUUCAUGGUGCGGUCCAUUGCCUACAAAUUGGUGACCGAAAUGUAGCUGUAUGCUAAGUUAGCAGGCAACUGGGCUGUAGCCUGUAGGUGAUCAGUUCUCAGUAUCCUUUACUUUGGUAGAAAGACUUGGUGACUUAGAACUCCUUCGGUCCUGACUCAAACCAGAUCGGUCCCACUGAGUCUGAGACCGAGUCAGGACAAGUCACAUCACCAAAAAAAUUCUGCAUCUGCUAACCAUAUCACAAAAAUAUAAAUUCUCUGACUUGGUAUUUUGUGAGGCUUCAUGGGAUUUGGAGAGGUUUGACUUAGGUUCCUGAGAUUGGAGGGUAAAAAUCUAGUUUUGAUGACCAUUGACUAGGGCUGCAACUUUGGGUUGGGUUGUCAGGGUCCUCAGGUCGGGUUCGAGUUUGAAAACGGCAACCUUUUUUUUUCAAUUUUUUUUUUUUUUUACACGCACACACACCCUCACACACUCAUGCUGUAGUGGGAUUUCACCACCUAUGGAUACUCGAAAAUGCCAACCUGCUUUGAAAUCGGGUUGGGUUUUGGUUGAGCAAGUUCGGGUCAGGUUAGGUCACUGUAUCUGUGUAAGAUUGGGUUGAGUAUAUUGGAAUUCUGGUUUCAGGUUGGGCAUCUAGGGUUGGAAUUGGGGUGUGGGUCAGGUUGCAUUUGGAUCCUCUUGAGGUUGGGUCGGGCUCGGGUUGAUCCUCAACCUGACCCAACCCGCAGAAGU